AUGGAGGCGGAUAGCCAACAGCCCUCUGGAGCCUCCAAAGUCGACCUCCAGAACGAUCCAGGGUAAGUUUUUCGCUGCGAAAAGCCGAAUUUCAGCGAGAUGAUUCUUGUUUCGCUCGCAAGAAAUGAUGGUGUGACUAGACCUGUUAGCAAAUUUCUUGUGGGCAUAAAUUUUCAAAUGGCUUUUGUACGUUGUUCUCCCCUUCCUAACAGGAAGAUGUUCGUCGGAGGCUUGAGUUGGGAAACGACCGCAGGUAAAGUAUUUUGCUGUUUCAGUUUUAAUAACAGUGCACGCUAGUGCUAUCGCUGAACAGAUCGUUCCCCUAAAUUCAGCAAUCGAGUCGUGUUUUUUUGCGGCCACAAAUGAACUGAGACGAGUCACGUUUGAAACAAUCGCUUGUGGUUAAUUCCGUAACGGUAUAAUUUUGCCGUCUGUUUUAGAGGGACUGCAGGCGUACUUUAGCAAGUAUGGGGACUUGAAGGAGUGCUUAGUCAUGAGGGAUCCAAACACCAAACAGUCAAGGUAAAUGACAAGACAGCUACCGACCGGGGCUUCUUAUUCUCCACCUUAGACGCCGAGCGCCAUCAUCUAUGUUUUGUAAAUGGCAUGUCUGAAAAAUAUGCAAUAUGCAACAUAAUAGAGGUAGCACUUUCUGUUUUUGUAUUCUUGUUCCAGGGGCUUUGGAUUUGUGACUUUCGAGGAUCCAGCCUCGGUAGACUCGGUUCUUAAAGCAGGUCCACACGAACUCGACCACAAAAAGGUUAGUAGCGAGAAUUUUGUCACUAUUUUCUAGCGCAGCGCUGCAUAGAAAUGGAUUCGAUCAAGAUUAAUUUUCACGCUUCAUCUGCACGCGUCUGGCGGUGCCUCUAAUGAUGUGGUCACAGAGAACGCUCCUACCAUCGAUUGCAUUAUUUUGGUAAGGUUCCAAAAUAAUUUUUAGUGUUCAGUGCAGAGGAUUUUCCCUGCACUAGAGGUGUUUUUUCGCUUAACGCAACUUUCGUGUCUAAGGGAAAUUUAAUUCACACGACGAAGCUAUUGUGAUGUUAAGAAGUGUACUCAUAGGCUACUGGCCGCGACUGAGAGAUAGCUUAACCAACUGCAGGCUGACACCUUGUACAUUUUUCUUAUCAUUCAAUGCAGAUAGAUCCUAAAAUUGCAGUCCCGAAAAGACCUCAACCGAAGGUAAGAACUGCCUCAUUUGAUUGCGUUAAAUUUAGCGUGCAAGAGUGUUGAACAUCAUGUCGUGUUCUGCAGCUCGAUCAAAAGAUCAGGAAUUUGCAAACUGCUUGCUUGACAACAACGCCAAAGCGACUUUCGAUUUGAACGAACCAGCCUAUUUUAAAAGAUGCCCUUCAAGUGUCGAGACCUCAAGUAACGUAUCAGGGCUUCACGCUGUUAAGGCGAGUAUUUUGAGUGUAAUUUGCAAAGCGUUAGCCAUUUCAAGGCCGCACCAAAAGAAAAUUUAGCAUCUUGCGCGAGUGAAGCAAGGUUCCGUUUCAAGCCAAAGGGGGCGAAGUCUUAAGGUCCAAAAACCCCAAUUCGACCACAAUAUUUGACAUCUGCAGAGAUUCAAUGCUAGCAGCUCAAAACAACAUUGUUGGGUUAAUUGCUGCUCCAAGUUGUUUGUCUCGUCAGAACGCCCACUCUAAAACAAAUUCAACGAGCGAAGGAAGCAGCUACACACGCUAGCCUCCUAUGGAGCAAACGCUUGAGAGGUGAGCGGAAUAUCCGUGCAUACACGCGAUACUUUAGGGGUUUUCCCAAAACGACGUUUUCGACCAACAACUUUUUGUGUAAGGCUGAAUGUUUCUUGACUGACUUUUUCUCAGUAAAAUUGAAUAAUUAUAGGUUCUUCUACUUCAUUUUAAUGUGGGCGACAAAAGAACUGACUUGUAGCAGUACCGACACGCUCCCCUUAAGCAUAGAGUUUUGCUUACUUUGUACUGCCGGAUGACUAAACAAAGUCAUAAGCCUUGUAACGCUUUACCCUGAGCGUCUCAUGUACAAACCAGAGUAUUUUAACAUACCAACAUACAGUAAACCGGUUUCGCAAUUUAUUUCAUGUUAAACAAACAACUUUUAGCGGCUGUGCCUUCUCUAUGAUCAUUCCGUACCGUCGCUCGCUUCCGCGAGAGACGGGUGUACUUGUCUCGGGUCAAAACAAGCAACUUUAAAGGUGUUUCCUUUUUGUAUCGCUUCAGAGGAUACUAUAAAUUAUUGCUUGAUGCCAAAUCACGUCUUCAGCACCUACACUGCAGGUUGGAGAGGUGAAAUUCAAUAGAAAACACAGUUUAAGGUCUUGCCACCCGAAAUUUCGUCUACGACUGAAUUUUCCUGUCCCUUUUUUUAUUUUAAUUGCGAGAAAUCAUUUUUAAACUUCGGUUAUCCGUAUUUGAUAACGUAUCGCCGCAAUCCUGGUUUUGUUUUUACCCCGGGAAUUGAAAUAAUAUUGCUCCAGUCGUAUGAAAGCGAUCAUCAGUCGAGAUGUGACCCCGGUGUCACACAAGGGUAGACGAGCAAGUUUCUAUUACAGCGUAGAAUCUCGCGUCCGUUUAGCCCUCUAAAAGCGAUAGAAAAGCAAGUUGAUCAUUUUGUGACCCAAAUUCGACGACUGCUUUGCUUUUGCCGUGCCUUCGACAGUCCUCUUCACACCUGUUUGAGGCGAAAGUUAACAGAAUUUACAUCUACACCCAACUUCCUGACUGUGAAACGUACAUUGUACCCAACAAGGAAGUAUCGAUUUCUGAGCGAAAGUGAACCCCGUGGGCCCGCGGAUCAAGAGAGCUAGAAAGCUGCAAAUUACUUGGAAAGUCUUUUUCAUUAGUAUUCUGCUGUAGCCGUCAAUUUAAAAAACAAUUGCAGGAUGAAUAUUCAUAAUUAGUCACGAGACAUAUUGGAAUGCUCUGUUUUUUAUAUCUAUACAUUAUAUAUUUGUAUAAAAUCUUAGCAAAUGUCGGAGUUUUAUAAAGGUAGAAUUUUACUACAGUUUGAGACAGACCGGGAGGAUGAUCCUGUAGGCAAGGUUCAAGGAAGAUUUGGAUCUUUUGUAUCCCUAAUAAAUUUUGGCUUAUGCAAUAUCAUAAGUCUUGCUGCAAAAUUAAAGAAGAAAGCGUUACAAAGAGAAUGCCUCUGUCUUUUCUCAACGGCAGUCGAGUUAUUUACGAGAUCAGAAGGGAAUUAAACCUUACUUCAACGUCACUGUUUUUAUAUUAGAGGGCAGGUGAAUAAAUGCCUUGUUAAUAGAAUACUUGUAAAACAAAUUGCUAGCAGGGUUAUAAACACAAUAACAGUAGAUUCCGUUUGCAUCAGAAAUACAGUAAUUUCACUAGUUUCAGUUCUGAAGCAGUUCUUAUGCAGACACGUAAACAGUUCACGUUUGAUCAACAGCUGCAUGACAUGUUCCUAAGUAAAAUAAAAGACAUUUUUUAUCUCAUAUUUCAUUAAUAAGUCUAGAAUAAUGGGCCACUGUCACUGUGCAAGAUUGACAAUUCCAAAACGACCAAGAAUGAAUGUCUCUUUGACAAGCAGCAGCUAUGAAGAGGAGCUUUAACUCGAGAAAACUGCCUUUAAAAUCAAUAUUCAAUAUAUUUCUGUGAUGUGUUUAAGAAGUUUCCAGGCACUUGUAAACAGUACUGUGUAGUUGUACAAUGAAAUAAUUUUGCUAUGUGCAUCAGACCUCUAAAUCAAAACAAGCUUAUUUUUAUACCUCAACAUUUUUAUGGUCUUGAGGUUUGCAAGUCUAACUUUGAAUAGUGUGAGAAGAUUGGUGAAUAAUACCAUAAAAGUUCUUGUCAUGUUUUACCCAUUUAAAAAUUCAUUUAUCAACAUGUAAAUACAGAAGUCAACUUUGGACUGGCGACUUUGCCCUUCUAAAAAGGGACAGAUCAUUACUAAAAAUAGACCGAUAAAUUUCAAGGCAAUUUAAAAACAUCACAUGUCUCUCACGAGGAAGCAUUUCUAAGAAAACUAGCAAUCAUUUUUUAACUUCUUAUAAUUCUGCAAGGAUCAUUUUCUUUGUUGUAGCGCUUAUGUAGAUUCAUUUGGUACAAAUGUUUUGGCCAACAUUAACUGUAAGUAAGUUACUGGCCCCAGGAUUUGUUUCAGCUUCAUUCUCAAGAUUAGAAUCAAACACGUUUUAAAUACUGAAUACAAAUUUCAGCCAUUGGUUAACUUAUUUUUAUACAGACUAUUUUGCUCAGGGUCCAGUAUUUUAGCAGCCGGUGCUCCAAACAGUUGCCUCUGGGCUUGUCCAAUGGGGAUUACACUCACACAACCUCUGUCAUUUCAGGUGUUAAUUCUCUAAAUAUUGCAGUUACCAAGCAAUAUUAAACAACAGUUUUGAAUAGUAAUGUGCUACUAUUAUUGGAUGAAAUUUGCCACGAAUUAUUCACAAAUUUGUCAUAUUAUUGUGCAACAUAAAUUCUUUGUUUAAAAAUAAAUACCCAACAUCCAAAUUUCAAUACAUGCAAUUUUUAUUGAAAAUCUGUCAACUGUUUAAAGGUUCUGCAUAAAAUAUAAAGCUACUGCAUUUCACAAAGGGGAAUACAAACUAAUGAUUUUUAAUACACUAUCUAUCUAUCUAUCAUCAUAAUGCAGAAAUGAAGAAAUACAUGUUGUUCUUAGCUAACAAGAGUGAAUAACAUCAAUCACACUGAUAGUUAUUAUUAUUAUUAUCAGUAUUAUUAUCAUUGUUAUUAUUAUUAUUAUUAAUGGGUGCAUUCCUUUGGGAUGAUUGAGAUCAGGAUUCAGUGAUCCAUGAUCACUCGGAUCAUGGUAGAUCAAACGAACUGAUGAAUCCACUCUGGACAAGGAUUCAUCGGUUCAUUUGGUCCAUUAGAGCAACAUAUUACAUCUUUUGUUGUAGAAAUAGGAAUUGGGAUAGCCCAGACUGAUGCAAUUUUGGUUUUUUUUUUAUUUUCUUUCCUUUUUCUUCAUUUUUGAAUAAUUCAAUCUCAAGCAGCAUUUGUAAAUUGCCUAUACGCAGCGAGAUUUACAAUAUUACACAUUCAAAAACACAAAGAAAGUUUCCAAGGGAGCGAGUCAAAACAAAGGACUAGGGGUUCCUUGCAGACACUCUACUGGCACUCAGAAGUCACGCACCCUUCUCAGGAUCCUGGCCGUUCCUAAUAGCAUAGUUUUCUGUAACAGUCAAAUUCUAACCCUAAUCCCCAGUUAUUCCAUCAACUGUCCAAGUUUCUUAGUAACACUUCCAAGGGCCCCUACAAUAACAGCUACCGUGUCCAUGUUUUCAUCAUCACCAUCAUUAUCACCAUCAUUAUUAUUAUUAUCUUCUCCUAUGUUGAUUAAGAAUAGGUCCAAGAGACAUUCAUAGCUUCUUAAGAAUACAUUUUUAUAAAAAGAUUCAGUUUUUUGAUGUAACUCCUUUUGUAGUUUAUUUAUAUUUCUUGUCUUAUUUUCUUCCAUUCUCUAGUUUUUCUCCAUUUUACAUAGCUUCCUGUAACAUUAGAUACAGUAUAUGUGUCUUUAUUUAGUAAUCAAUAAAGAGUUCAUUAUUAUUAAUUAUUAUUAUUUUAAAAAUAUAUAAUUAUUAUUAUUAUUAACUGACCUCCGAAGUGCCUGUGACUGGUGUAACUCCUGGCUUGUUACUCUGAUGUCCAAAAAGUCCAAGGUCCUACACCUAUCGAGAUCCAAGGAUCCAUAUCAUCAUGAGUACUGGUUGUCUGACAAACCCUUAUCAGCAGUAGAUCACCACAAGCACGUUGAUGUCUGGCUGGAGUCUUCCCUGUCUUGCGAUUACCAUACAAACUAUAUCUGUGCUGAAGCUAAUAAGGAUCUAGGUUUGAUAAGGCGAACCUUUGGUCCAAACAAUUUUGAAGGAGUCUCGAUAGCAUAUAAGACUUUAGUGUGUCCAGUUUUGGAAUAUGGUUGUCAGGUCUCGAAUCCGUAUUUCGUGAAGCACAUCAAAAGUAUAGAGUCAAUACAGAGGCGAGCCACUUGAGUUAUUUGCGGAUCAGAGAAAGAAUAUCAGGAGAGACUUGGGGUACUGAAAUGGCCUUCACUUGACAUAGAUCCUCAUAUGUUUUUUUAUUUUAAUGUAUUAGCAAAAACACGUAGGAACCAUAAUUUUAAGAUAAGACCUAAGAAGACACGUACAAAUUACUUUUUCCAAUCGCUAUAUAACAGACUGGAAUAGUACUCCAUCGGUCAUUAUGCACAUACCUUCAUUAAGCAGUUUUAAGUCCUAUCUAUUGGAUCACUUGUGUCAAUUUUAAAUCAGGUGUAACUCGUGAGUGACAAGUAUGCAAUUUAAUUAGGAUAGCUUUGGGCAUUAUUUUAAUUUAACUUCUUAAUUUUAUUGUCAAUUUUAGUAUGCAAUUUAAUUAGGUUAGCUUUGGGCCGCAUUUUAAAUUUUACUUCUUAAUUUUUAGUAUGUUUAAUAUUGGAGAAUAUUCUUUGUAUGGGAAUUUAGUUUCCCCCAGUCAUGUACUUUUUGUAUUUUUUGUAAUAUUAUUUACUUACUUGUAUUAGCAUGACAAAGUAUUAUUAAACUUAAACUUAAACUAGUAAACUGCUCACCAUGCUAAUUGCCUUAAGCACAUCCCGACCAGAAAAGAGAUGAUGAUGAUGCUUGUAAUGCUGGCAAGGGGCCAUUACUUCGAGCUGCGAUUGUCACCCCUUUGACCAGCUAAGCCCAGAGAUCAAAUAACAAGGCGAAACCAAUCCCUGAAAUAGAAAUCUACUUUAAGUGAGAGUACCUACAUAACCUUUUUAAAACUGUUUUUUUGCAGAUGGUAACGAGAACAAAAAAGAUUUUUGUUGGUGGUGUAUCUGCUUCAACCACAGAAGACGAUUUGACAAACUACUUUAAAAAAUUUGGCACCGUAAGUACUAGAUACAAAGAAAAAGCAACAAUAUUAUUUUGAAAACAAUACUUUUAAAGACUUGUUUCUUGCGAUAAGAUUUUUUCGAAAUAAAGCUGUACUCUCAAAGCAUCCAAUGGCUCCUAGAAACCCUCUUUUGCCUCUAGGCUCCCAGGACAUCUUAGUUUUGGCCCAAAAUGUCAAUGGUGGGGACUGUGAAUAUCAUAGGGUCAAAGUUUGGGACCUCUUACAGAACCAAAGAGUGUGGCUUUCAGAUGGUACAUACACAUUAACACUGACACGUUUUUGCAUACAUGUUACGAUUCAAAUCUCAGGCUAAGAUUUUUGACCACAUUACUUGUCUUAAGUUACACUGCUAGACAGGGCCUCCUAAUACACUUGAUGGCACAAAACUGAUCUAAACUCCUGGUCAAAAUGUUUGGGACACUUUGCCUUUUGUGUUAGGAAAAUGCAAUUCAAGUUAACCCCCCUCCCCCCUGGACAGUGCUGAUGGAAUGAGUCAAACACCCUUUACAUAUCUUGCACAUGUUAUGGACCUCCAGGAUUGCAGCUCUUUCAUAUAGAGCAAUUUUCAUAUGACCUUGAAAUGAAAACACACAAACAAAACAGAAAAAACAAACAAAUGGAAAAGGAGCAAUUUGAUUGGUUAAUCGAAAGGAUACAAACGCGCGUGGCUUUUGGUUGGUUAAGUGAACGCUCAGGUGAAAAAACUCCAUGCUCUAGAACUUUCUAGAAAUCAACCGAUACUUUGCUUUGAUGUCGAACUGCAACAUGAUUGGCCAAUCGAACAAUCCCUUCUCCAUAUUAGGGUUUUCUUUGGCAGUAAAACGAAGAGGCUGUGUUUUGAUCUGUUCAUCUAUUGGCUGAUCAAACAAAUAACGAACACUUACCGAAACCAUUUUUCACGGUCAUACAAAAAUCACUCUAACUGUGUGCACUGCCUACCCUGCAUGUAGGAUUUCUAUCUAAAUAAUCAUGGAUAUUUCCAAUGAAUGACUGACAUGUACUUUAAGAGUUUCUGAAACGUUCUUGACAUCCAUAUAAAUUAGUUCUCUAACAAAUUCCAGUAUCUUUAAUUAAUCUCGUAUUCUUUUGCCCUAGGUAACAGAAUCCAAGCUAAUGUUUGACAAAGUUACUAACAGACAUAGAGGUAUCAGGUUUUUUCAAAUAUUCUUCUCAAACUCAUUAAUAAUUCAUAAAGAAAAUUCAAAGGAAAUUAAUGUUUAAUGAGUGUUUGGAUAUCUGAUGAAAAACUGCUCAUUUUUGCAUCCUUAAUUUCUCCUUCAAAAAUUAUUUUGUUUGAGAAGAAAUAUCAAACAUUCGACACAGUGUUUCAUCACCAGAUGAAACACCUCGAAGUUCGUCAAAAAUACUCCGCUGCGCGUCGUAUUUUCAACUCUCUUCUCGGUGUUUCAUCUGGUGAUGAAAUACUGCAUCUCAUGUUUGAUAUAUUACAUGACACGUUUUAAAUCAGAUAGCUGUGGAUAAUUUUUUAAUGGAAAGGAGAACAAACAAAACUUGUUGGCAGGGGCUAUUCCCCAGCUAUUGGAAGUGUGAGCCCAGUGGACUAAUCUGGUAGUCACUUAUAGGCGCAACACAGGCUUCUUUAUUUACUAGAUAUUUUAAUGUGUUGCCAAGAUUGUAGGGCCAACAAAACAAAGACUCUUUUUCGGUUUCAAAGAUAUCUUUCAAACUUAUAGUAAGUCCAUCAUUUACUUCAGCAAGUCAAAAUAGCACUGUUUUUUUUUUGUCUGGGAUCAUAACAUCAUCUCAGUAACAAUGAACUCUUCUGCAUACAAGAUAAAAAACAAUAGCAAUCUUAAGUUCUUUUCAAUUCAACAAUGGUUGACAAUAUCGACAAGUUCAAGUCUAAAACUAAGUCCUGACACUGUGAAUACAGAAAUGGAAGUAUUAGAAUUACAGAAACUAGGCCAAAUAAAAGCCAAUGUGAACAAAAGUCACCGUUCUGGAUGCACUCAUAUUCUUUUUGAUCAGGUAAAGCAUCCAUAAAUUACAGCCUUCACGAUUAACUCCUUCAGAAGAAAGAAGAAUGGAAGACUGAAUUUUAGUUUAAAGAAUAUUUUGCAUUUUGAGGUGUAGCAAACAUAUCCAUGCAACAUCAAAGUUUCCUGAAUUGUAUAUAGGAAAAUAUAGGAAUUUGCUCAAUUUAUAGGACUUUAUAGGAAAGGUCUCAAAAAAAUAGGAUUUAAUAGGAUUUUAUAGGGAUAUAGGACUCGCUUGACAGCAUCUAUUGUUCAUCUGAUACAAGGCUCAUCUUAGCACUAACAGACUCCUCUUUGUCAGUGUAACAGUGUUUUGAAAGCUGCUAUGCAGGCAAACUAUGUUGAAUGACACAUCUGUCUGCACCACAGGUUAGUAACGUUAAGUGAAAAAAAACUAACAGGACUGCAUUAAUAUUUGUCUGAAGGUUUUGGUUUUGUAACAUUUCAAAACGAAGAUGAGGCUGAUAGUGCUUGUGAGGAACAGUUUCAUGUUAUAAAUGACAAAAAGGUACGUUAUAUUCUUUGAUAUUGACAUCCAUGAUCCAUGUAGAAAAUUUACAAGUUGGAGAGUCAGUGGUAUUCACAAAAGACACUCCUGAACAACUACAUUUGUCAUACUGCUAUUUCAUAGCAUUUUCAUAAGAUAUAGAAGGAAACAACAGGGGCUGCACUGACAUCCAACUAAGCUAGAUCUAAAACUUUGGCAACCACCUGUAUUUUGUUGCCCAUAUCCAUUUUAAAACCUAUGCAACAAAAGACAGUUUGAACAAAAAUGUUCAAGAAAAGGAGAAAAAAAUAAUGAAGAGCACCAAAGCUGAAACUGUCAAACAUCAUUGUCACAAGCCCACUAAAAUAUUUAAUAAAUAUUCUUACUGAUAAUGAUCAAUGUUUUUACUAUCACAGACAGAGGUUAAGAAGGCACAACCCAGAGAAGUGAUGCAAAGCUUGCAGGGUGGACGUGGUAGGGCAGGAAGAGGCAUGGCAGGACGUGGAUUCUGUAAGUUGCUCUUAAUCAGUUCUUGUUGAGAAAUGAGAUAAGUUUUGGAGUGUGAAACCCAUAAGAGGUACUCAGAUAUUUUUUUGUGAGUGUGUGCUUCAAAUUAAAUCACUACCCAAUGGUUCAAAGUUAUGAGGAACAAUUCCAAGACUAAAAGGCAUGAAUAGUUUGCGAAUCAAGUUAGGAGUAGUGCCCUGACAGGUCCAAAACUUAACCAAAUGAAAAAACGCUUAAGUUUUUAUUGGUUCCAAUAGUAGCAGAGCUCUCACAUGUGUCAAGAGUAUGCAGCAAAGCACAAAAAAUUUUGGCAUAAAAAAAUUGUGUUUAACUUGGUAUUAGGCAUCCACGUUAUGAUAAAUAAUUGACAACUGUCAAAAUAGGGUAUCUACUGACCAGUGUCAUGUGACUGUAUUGCAGGCUCAGGUGUACAACCUGAGGUGACAUGUUUUGACGAAUUAUGGCAUUAAAGUGAUCUCAGGAUCAGAAAACUUCACCCCAUAAAGACACUUCUUAAAAGUUCCAACAAGAGCUUCACUUAUGCCCUAGCUAAAUCUAUAGAGCAUUUUCACAUGAUGUCAUGGCGGCCAUGUUGGUGUUCCAAACAAAUCCUGUGGGAGUUGAACUCAUUUCUUAUGUAAACUAUUUCUUUUGUUCUCAUAAAUUUGCAUAGACGCUGGCCACAUGAGUGAAAACACUCUAUACAUUUUUUCUUAGUUACUUACAGUGUACUUACUUACAUACAUUUGGAAAACCAAUAUAAUGACUAAGGCUGCAGUGCUUAGUGCAGUGGCCAAGACAACUGGAUAGAUUGUUAUCAUCAUUUAUUUCUAACCCUGAUCCACCUUAAUUCUGAUGGUCUUAUUUCGUAGGUUUAGAAUAAAUGCAUCAAUUAUUAAUGGUACAAAGAGGAAAUUUGACACUUAUCCACUUACAUUUUAUUCACAGUGUAUCCCUUUGCUCCCGGAUUCCCUCGUGGUUUUCCUCCAUCUGGUUUUGGCCCUGGGUUUGGUAACUUUCCUUUUGCAGGUAAAAUCCCAAAACAUCUUUGCUGUUAACUAAUUGAACAUUAAUAAAUGAGCACCAUCUGAUGAGAGGUUAAAAAUUCAUUUCAGUGGAGGCCCUUGCUUGAAUUGCUCAAUAUCAUGAGCUUCAUGUAAAAACUUAAAGACAAACAGCAGAAACAAUAGCGCCAUUUAUACAAGAGAAAAUAAGGUGCAGAUUACUCUGGCCACAGCUUAUAUAAGAUGCAAACUGCUCAUAUAAGUGGUUCACGGCUUAGUUCACAAUCAGAGAGGUCCAAUGAUGACUUAGUUCAUUUUGGUGCCUCGCAUAAUUUGCAACGAUGGCCCGAGCAAGCAAAAAUGCAAAACAAUUGGCUUCGGUCAGGAAAAUCAUAAUAUUUUACAUGAUAUUGUUUGUUUCACAUUAACAUUUCGGUCAAGAUUAGUGUUGGUCCGUUGCAAAACUUGUGCGGAAUCCUCGAAACAAUAUACAGUUAUUCAUGUAAACUGUGAUAAUCAUUUCCUUAUUGAAUUUCAAUUCCACAAUCCAGUCACAAUGUUUUGUUCCCAUACACCACUCACAGAAGCAACGUUUCAGGCCUCACGGCAAUAUGCAAAGUUUGACAGCAUCUUGUUGCUUAUUACUUCUAUUUGCCUUAAUUAAGCAGGUUAUAGCCAAGCAGCAGCUGCGGCCGCGUUUGCGGUACAAAACAGGCAAGUUAGAGGCAAGGGGCGUGGAUUUAUGGGAAACUUCCCUGGGAUGCUGGGUAAGAGCUGCAAUUCUUGUAUUAAUGUGUGAAAGAAAAUCUGGUUAUUUUUUUCCCUUUCAUGACAAAUGAAGGCACUUUAAGGUGGCUCUACUUCUUUCCAAAAAAAUUGUGCUUUGCAAUAUCCAUUUAAGAAUCAAACUGGACAAUAAAACAAAAAGGAAAAAGUCAAGAGAAAAAAGUGUAGGAGCCCUCCUGACAGGAUGUUUGUGGCUGGUCACCGAGCCAGAAUCUAACCUCAAAUAGCAGGGCUUAACUCUGUGCAACACAGAGUUUUGCGAGGUUUUUUCAAGAUACAUAUUUGUAGUUGUUACUUGUUCACCAAAGACAGGGCAUAAGUAUCACACCAUUAUCCACUAACAACUAAGAGGGCAUGCAACUGGUCUGUGAAAGCAAGACUCCACAAACAAGUUGAAAAUUUGAUCAUUUUGACCAGCUGUAUCUGUCAAGAAUACCAGAGGCAGAUCAGUCUCAUCUACAUUGACCAUUUCACUCUCAAUCCAAAAACUGAAUUGCUGUGUUUGUUGUUUGAAGGCUUUCCUGGAUAUCAUACUGGUUUUGUGAACCCUGGUGAUCAGCGGCGCUCAGCAGGUGGUAGCCAGUACUAUGCUGAUUAUGCCAAUAUAAAUACUCAGGGCCCACGGCACAACAGACCACCAGACAUUCCCCAAGUUGCUCAUGCCAUGCAGGAUUACGCAGAUUACUCAGGUGAGAAUUACAGGGUUUACAAGUUUUUCCUAACCCUUUGAACCCAGUUAGACUCCUUAACUCAAUGUUUUCUAAUCAGAUGGAACAUUCCUUCUUGUGUACGAAGUCACAUUUUAUUUAUGAAUCAUUACUUUUUAUAGGAGGAAUGAAUUACCACCAGCAGUUUGGUCCACCCCCACCCUCUCCAGUUUCAAGAGCAUUUGCCACAGCUGCAACAAGUCCAGGACCAGUCCAGGAUCUACACGUUAGCAGUUACAUUAACUCUGCUGCUAACACUGCAGCUGAUGGUUUGGGAUAUACAGCCACCAGUCCGCAGCCAACAGGCUUUGGUCAUACCAUGGCGGUAAGUCAAUACCCUUUUCAGUAG